AUGGCUCACUCACAAACCCUCACCGAGCAGCAACAUCGCUGGUCCGCCUUGACGCCCCUCGACGGCGUCAAGGCGGCCGCCGCUCCCAAAGCACUCCUGACGAGGACGGUGAUCCCUACCAAGGUCGCUGAACACAACGACGUGGCGCUUCUGGUGGCCAGACUACGCCAAAGAGGGCUGCAGGUGUACAUUACAGAUGGCGUCUCGCUGCCACCCGAGGCCGCCAUGCAUGAUCGUGCCGCGCCCAUACCUGCCAUCGUCGUGUCGCCCGUCAGCGAGUAUGGCGUGUCCGAGACGCUGCGCCUGCUAAAGGAUGCCCGCUUGUACGGCCGCCUUCCCGUGUCGGUCAAAAGCGGCGGGCACGGCUACUUCAACGGCGCAUCUUGCGACGGCGGCCUCAUGAUCAACCUCGCCGGCAUGACCAAGCGCCGCGUCAACGGCGACAUUUUACACAUCGAACCCGGCUGCGUCCUGGGCCAGACGAUCCACACCCUGGUGACCGCACGCAAGGCGGUACCACACGGCGACUGCUUCGGUGUCGGUGCCGGUGGACACUUCCUCACCGCCGGCUGGGACCUCAUCCUGGGGCGAAAGCACGGUUUGGGCUGCCAGUCGGUGAUCGGCGGGAGGAUCGUCCUAUGGGACGGCACCGUCGUCGACGUGAGCGAGGAGUCGCACCCGGAGCUGCUGCACGCCAUGCGGGGUGGUGCCGCGGCGGGCGCCGGCGUGGUGAUCGAGAUCCGGCUACGGGUGAUGGACGAGCCGCCGCGGGCGACGUGGCGCUUCACACGCAUCACACGCGCACAGCUCAAGAAGUGCGCGGCACAGGGUGCCUUUCGCAAAGCAUACAGCCUGCCGCGGGACGUGUCCGUGUCGUUCCGCUUCCACUUCGAGCCGGACCAGGUCGAGCCCGUGGCGUCGCUCAACGUCGUCAGCCUGCUGUCUGCAGCCGAGACGGUGGCGCUGGUGCGCGAGCACAUGGGCGCCGAGGUGGCGUCCCUCGUCGACGGCGACAUGUCUGCCUGGAGGGAAAAGACCCUGCUGGACCUGCGCAUGCUGCCGGCCUCGGACUUUUUGGCUGCCAACCCGGGCAUGCUGGGCGAGGUGACGGCGACGGCGCUGCACGCGGACCCGCUGCUGUACUGGAAGCCGACGUCCUCGGCCCGCGAGAUGGCGAGUUCCUACUUUACCAGCGUCUCCAACUGGGUGAUACCAGAGUGCGAGGACGCCCUGCUGCGCAUGUAUGACUUGUUUUAUACCGUGCGCUACUCCCCCGCCCGCUCGCGCAUGUACGCCCUCAUCAUCCAGGGCGGCGGCGCCAUGACCGACAUGCAGGACAGCUGCAGCAUGCCUCUGGGCCGUGCCCUGGCCCGCUUUGAGCUGCAUUGGGACAACCCGGAGAAGAAUGAGCGUUGGUCGCGUCGGUUCACGGACAAGGUGUUGGGUGUCAUGGGCUCCGUGGCAGACCCAACCGUCUCCAGGCCCUACCGGGGAGACAUAUGGCUUGCGUCACAGGCUGGGGAUGCGGAGCUGGAUCGCAUCUUCCAACUGUAUGAUAGGCGGUUCGCGUGA